UUCACUAAAUUUAUCUGACAGCUGAAAAAUGUAGAAUAUGAAAAUAUACUAUAGUUAAAUCGAUUAGUUCAUUGCUCUUCCGCGCGAGAUUUUUUUUUUUACUGGAGCACACUCCGGGGGCCAGUCCAAAGCAGCUCGGGGACCAGAUUCGGCCCGCCGGACGCCUAUUGAAGAGCCCUGCCAUACAGCAAAGGAUAAACGCCCUGUUUUAUAAAUAAUGCGCACCAGGCACCAGCGGUGAUUGAGAAGUGGGUAUACGCAAUGCUGACUGAAAAAUAAGUGGGUAUACGCCGUAUACCUGCGUAUACCCUGGACUACACCACUGCUCCACCUAUUAGUUAUUUUUUAACCACGUGACUGAAGAGAAAAUGUGUGUCAUGACCCGGAGUUUCUGUCUUGUUUUGUGUCUUAUUUUGAAGUUCUUGUGUCAGCUGUCUCCCUGUGAUUGUCUGCCCUGGUCCUGAUUGUUUCCUUCUGUUUGAUUACUAGUCUCGCCCUCAUUGUGUCCACCUGUGUCUCGUUCCCCAGUGUCCAAUCACCGCUGCCUGCCUGUGUAUUUAAACCCUGUUCGUCUCAUUCCCCAGUGUACCUGUUCGUUCAGAAUUAAAUAUUGCUUUGGAAGAAGUUGUCGGCACUUGGGUCCUCGCUCUCGCUACGACAUCCCGUGACAAUGUGUUUCUGGAUUUGAUGUGAACUUUGGCAGGUUCUCAAGUCAGUUUAAAAAAUGUAUGUAAAAUUGUCUUGUGAUUUUACUCGUGUGCAGAUACUGCAGUUGAUCACAGGCCAAUGCUCACCCUGCAGCAAGCAACCAAACUGACACUGCAACUUUAUAACAUGACCAUAAUUGAUAUCUCCACCCUGCCGAGUUACAUUGACCAGAACUUUCUUGUAGUGGACAAGGACGAUACAAAGUACGUCCUGAAGAUCAUGAACUCAGAAGAAAGUGAGAAUGACAGCCGGUUGGAGGUGCAGACCCUGGCCAUGUCCUUUCUAAACCAGCAUGGAAUUCCUUGUCAGACAGCCAUGCUCACCACCACCGGGCAGCUCAUGCAUAUGGAGGAAAUAGACUGUGGACAAGGUGCUCAGACCUACUAUGUGAGGCUGAUGAACUAUCUCCCUGGAAAAACCAUUGCAGAAUCUUUAAUCACAGUGCAAGAUUUCUAUCAAGUCGGCAAGUUGGCUGCCGUCAUAGAUACGACAAUGCAACAAUAUGUAUCUCCAAACCUGCAUCUCUUAAAAGGAAAUCAGCGUUGGAGUUUAUCCAACAUUCCUCUCAUAGAGGGCUACCUAUCAGUGAUGGAUGGAGAUCCCCUGCAGGAAGUGAUCAAAGCAGUCAUUAAACAGUAUGAGUCACACGUGAUACCCAAGAUUGGCUCUUUCCGUAAAGGAAUAAUACAUGGGGAUAUGAAUGACCAUAACAUCCUUGUCACACCUGUAGACAACGGGCGUCAUGAGGUGUCAGGCGUGCUGGACUUUUCUUUCCUCAUGAUUGAUUGCUAUGUAUUUGAAGUGGCUGUAGUAAUUGCGUACAUGAUGCUGGAGAACCCCAGUCCUCUGGAUGUAGGCGGAGCAGUGUUGGCAGGCUGGGAGAGCGUCACGGUGCUCAGUGAUGAGGAAAAGGAUUCCCUCUUCCUGCUGGUGCUCGGCCGGUUGUGCCAGUCUCUGGUUUACGGCCGGUACAAUGCCAUAAAGUACCCGGACAACGACAAAUAUAUCCUGUCAACAGCCAAGAGUGGAACUCGGCUUCUUAAUAAAUUGUGGGAGAUGGGCAAGAAAGAUGUAGAAAGGAAAUGGUUCACAGAUGCCAGCACAUUCUCAGACAAAUAAUAAAGAUGUUCAUCAUUGGAUGUUCAUGAAAGAGAAUGAAGAUUUACAUUUACAAAGAACAUCUAUCGUUUUUCAGAUUAUUAAAAAUAAUUCUUACUCUGGAAGUUCACCAUGUUUGACUCAAAGAAUAUUUGACACUGAUGCAAAAUAUUCUGUAGUUGGUUUAUGUCCUCUCGACUAGCAUAACACUGAUUAAUGUCGUUAACUUUUUGAAUUGCAUAUUACUUCCAAAAAUGUAUUUUUAGCUUAUCAGAGAAGAGAAACCGUGGAGAAUCUCUUCAUGGAUUAUACAACAAUAUCACUGCAUUGGUAUAAAAUAAAUAAACAGCUACUUGAGUAUGUC